UCAUCUGUUUUUUUCCUCAUAAGGUGAGGAAUAUGAAACUGGCAAUUCUUCUAAUAAUCGCUGUCUGCGUUGCUGUUGCUAAUGCGGCUGUCUGUGACGAAAUGGUCUGCCGGAGGAUAGUGUGUGGGCAACCCGAGUGCCCCAUGGGAUUCAAGUUAAAGAGGAAUGGUGGCUUUUGUGGAUGCUGUGACAACUGUGUUAGAGUCCUUAUGGAAGGAGAAGCAUGCAAUCCAAGCGAUUCACCCGGAGGACUGCCGAACGAACACGGCAUGACAAAUAGUGAUCCUGAAUGUGGAUUGAAUUUGUUCUGCGAACGUAAAUCCAAAACAUGCGCCAGAAUAUUCUAAUGGAAAUCUUUUAUUCUUAUCUACACCUUUUAGACAAAUUUUUUAAUGUGACGGAACAAAUUUUUUCUCAUUCAAAAAUAAAUAAAAAAUUUAAAGAUCUCACAGAUUUUUUUGGAAAUCGGAAUUAUACAUUUUAUAUAAGAAUUUGAAAUUGGCAACUCAAUGAAGUUUGGUCAUUUAGUGCUCGUAAACCCCCCCCCCCAAAAAAAAAAUUAGGAAUCACUAGAAUCUCUCAAAUAAUGCUGAUUUUACACGGGAUCGGACAUUCAACAAUCUACGUACUAUCCUGAUAUAAAAUUCCCUUUCUGAAACAGUGAAUUGAUUCUUGUAAUUUCUAAUUCAUUCACCAAUUUAUACUUGCUCUGGGUAUCCAAAAUUAUUGCAAUGAAAUUAUCAACAUUAAUUAGGAGCUAUUUAUGAACUAUCAAUUAUUUAUCUCACCAUGUUAUUCAAACUAAUAAAAUAGUUUUUUAUUUGA